AUGAAGCUCCUUCUGUGUCUCCCUAUAUUCUUCAUCUCUCUCCCAUUCUCUUACAGCUGCAACUCAAAAGAGAAAAACACCCUCCUUCAGAUCAAGAAACAUUUUAACAGCCGGCCACUCUUCUCCUCAUGGGAUCCUCAAACCGACUGUUGUACUAGCUGGGACGGCGUCGAGUGCACUAACGGCCGCGUCACCUUACUCUCUAUCGCCAAGGACGACAACCUCGUUGGUCCUAUCCCGGACCAGAUAGGCGACCUCCUUGAACUCAAUACACUCGACAUGAGUUUCUUGAAUCUGACCGGAAACAUACCACGUGCCAUCACCAAACUCAAGCACCUAGACUUCAUUUUCUUGAAGUGGAACAGACUCUCCGGUCCAAUUCCUGAUUACAUCAGCGAGCUCAAAAACGUAACGUUCAUAGACCUUUCCUAUAACAAGUUCACCGGUCCUGUUCCCGGUUGGCUUACUCAGAUGCCGAAGCUUCAGACCUUUCAGAUCGAUAACAAUUCGCUAACCGGUCCUAUACCGAACUCUUUCGGUUCCUUUGUUGGCAACGUCCCUAAUCUCUUCUUGAAAAACAAUAAGCUCUCAGGUCAGAUCCCUGACCAAAUCGGCGACCUCCUUGAACUCCGUGGACUUUCUUUCAAUUACUUGCCACAUCUCAACGGAAACAUACCACGUACCAUCACCAAACUCAAGAACCUUGAACUCUUUAUCAUAAGGCAUACCAAUCUCUCCGGUCCAAUUCCUGAUAACAUCGGCGAGCUCAAAAAAGUAACGUUCUUGGACCUUUCCGAUAACAAGUUAACCGGCCCUAUUCCCGGUUCGCUUUCUCAGAUGCCGAAGCUUGAGAACAUUAUAUUGGAACGCAAUAAGCUAACCGGUUCUGUACCGAACUCUUUCGGCUCCUUUGUAGGCAAGGUCCCUGAUCUCUCCUUGUCUAACAAUAAGCUCUCAGGUCAGAUCCCUGACCAAAUUGGCGACCUCCUUGACCUCCGUGUAAUUUCGUUCAAUUACUUGUCACAUCUCACCGGAAACAUACCACGUACCAUCACCAAACUCAAGAACCUUGAACUCUUUAUCAUAAGGCAUUGCAAUCUCUCUGGUCCAAUUCCUGAUUACAUCGGCGAGCUCAAAAACGUAACGUUCUUGGACCUUUCCUAUAACAACUUUACCGGCCCUAUUCCCGGUUCGCUUUCUCAGAUGCCGAUGAUUCAGGACAUUAUAUUAAACCACAAUAAGCUAACCGGUUCUAUACCGAACUCUUUCGGCUCCUUUGUAGGCAACGUCCCUGAUCUCUACUUGGCUAACAAUAAGCUCUCAGGUAACCAGUAUUAUUGUUUUAAUAUUUUUAAUUUCCUGAUUAUAACUUUAGGAAAAAUACCGGAGUCGUUGUCAAAGAACAACUUUAAUGUAGUAGAUCUGUCGAAAAACAGUUUCACAGGAGAUGGUUCAAUGUUUUUCGGAGGGAACAAACCAUCGUCAACAGCAUAUGAUCUGUCCAGAAACAUGUUUGAGUUCGAUCUCUCCAAGGUUAAGUUCGAUGAGAACAUACUUGAUUUGGAUCUGAGCCAUAACCGAAUCUUUGGGAACCUUCCAAAGGAGUUGACUGGGCUAAGUCUCCGGCUUUUCAACGUUAGUUACAAUCGUCUCUGCGGAAAAAUCCCACGAGGUGGUAAACUUCAGACCUUUGAACAAUAUGAAUUCGCUCACAACCGUUGUCUUUGUGGGCCUCCACUUAAGAAGGCUUGUUAA